AGGAGAAAAUCUUUUAUUUUCAUCCGAUCAAAAAGAUACUCAAAACCAACCCCCCCAGCCACCCACCCUGAUGAGCGCUGAAGGCGGCAAACACGCUUAGGACUUGGAAGGCGCCGCCUGCUUGCCGGGGUUUCCCCACUUCCUGGAGCCGCACCUUCUCGGAUCGCGCCGACCCGGGUACCUCCCCUCCGCACCCCCUUCGCGGUCUAGGAAGACGGUGGCGGUGGAAGGGAUCUGCGCCCGGCUCGGGGCGACGUGGAACACCGGCAGUGGGUUAACUGGCUGGGUGCCUAGCGAUUCCGGGCACCUUCAGCCAGACGAGGGCCAGGCCCGGCGCGAAAGAGGCGGCGCGGGAUCACUCCCCGCCCCCGCGACGCCCGCCGUCCGGCUCCGCCCGGCGCAGCCCCAACGCGCGCACCAAAGGGUGCAGGGCAUCCCGGCGGCGGAGACUGGAGGCCUCGAGGCUGCUGGUGUGGGAGCCGGUCGAAGGGCUUCGGGGAGUAAACGGCGGCAGCCUCCAGGCCUAGAGCGCGGGUCCCUGCGCGGCGCAGGGUUACGCCGAGCGCACCAGCCUAGCACUCCGCGGCCGAGCCCCCGCCUGGUUGGUUAAAGAGCCCCUGGCAGGAAGAGGAAGCAGAUCCUCCUACCACGUGUCCACAAUGCUGGCCGCCCGCCUCUCCAGACCUCUGUCCCGGCUCCCAGGGAGAGGCCUGAAUGUCUCCCACAGACAGGAUGGAGCGAGGCACACUCUCCUGUCUUGCUCUGCUUCCUUCCCCCUGGUUGGCCGUCGGACAUACGCCAGCAACGUGGACCCGGCUGGCAGCAAAGCUGUCCUGGUCACGGGCUGUGACUCUGGAUUCGGGUUCUCCUUGGCCAAGCAUCUGCAUUCCAAAGGCUUCCUCGUGUUCGCAGGCUGCUUGCUGAAGGACAAGGGGGAUGCUGGGGCCAAGGAGCUGGACAGCUUGAACAGCGACCGGCUGCGGACCGUCCAGCUCAAUGUCUGCAGCAGCGAGGAGGUGGAGAAAGCGGUGGAGGUGGUGCGCGCGGGCCUGAAGGACCCUGAGAAAGGCGUGUGGGGCCUGGUGAACAAUGCGGGCAUCUCGACGUUCGGGGAGGUGGAGUUCACCAGCAUGGAGACCUACAAGGAGGUGGCCGAAGUGAACCUCUGGGGCACGGUGCGGGUGACAAAGUCCUUCCUUCCGCUCGUCCGCAGGGCCAAAGGCCGCGUGGUCAACAUCAGCAGCAUGCUGGGCCGCAUGGCCAACCCGGCCCGCUCCCCGUACUGCAUCACCAAGUUCGGGGUGGAGGCCUUCUCCGACUGCCUGCGCUAUGAGAUGCACCCGCUGGGCGUGAAGGUGAGCGUGGUGGAGCCGGGCAACUUCAUCGCAGCCACCAGCCUGUACAGCCCUGAGCGCAUCCAGGCCAUCGCCCGGAAGAUGUGGGACGAGCUGCCCGAGGUCGUGCGCCAGGACUACGGCAGGAAGUACUUCGACGAGAAGAUCGCCAAGAUGGAGACCUACUGCAACAGCGGCUCCACGGACACCACGCCCGUCAUCGACGCCGUCACACACGCGCUGACCGCCGCCACGCCGCACACCCGCUACCACCCCAUGGACUACUACUGGUGGCUGCGGAUGCAGGUCAUGACACACCUGCCUGGGGCCAUCUCCGACAGGAUCUACAUACAUUGAAGAGCUGAGCCCUGCUGGGGAGGGAGGGCGGGCGAGAGGAGCUCCCGCGGCCACGGUUGGGUACCCAAACUCCCAAGAGGCCCGUUCCCGGGUUAGCAUCUAGCAGAGGGCGUCGGCCCGCCUGUCUUGCUCACACAGUGAGUGGCUCAGGCCUUCACACACCCGGUACUUCUUGGCAGGCAGGCAGGGCCCUCACCACCCCUGGUGCACUUGUCUAUCUGGAGUUGAUUUCCUACCGAUUUGGGGGAAACCUCUUUAUAUUAAAAGCAGAUUUAUUAUA